AUGGGUGGCAUACCCUUCACAUCACGCGCCUGUGCAGCCUGUAAGAAGCGCAAGAUCAAGUGUGAUCUGGAGAAGCCCGAAUGCUCCAAUUGUGUUAAAAAAGGAGGAACACCUUGCCCCGGUUACCAGGAUCGGGACUUCAUCCACCACAGCUUUGAGCCCCGGGGUGCGCGCGAUGCGGAGAUCAAGCUACCCGAAGGGGUUGGAGAGCUCCAGCUCCUGGCUUUGCCUGCUUGCUUCAAUAUGAAUCCCGAGGCUCGCACCCAGUUGUUUGCGACCUACAUGCACACGUUCUUCGCCUCCAACCCAUCCCCCACUGGCAGGGUCGAUAGCUGGUACUCGUUGAUGGCGCGCUUCCCAACCUUGGCCGGCAAAUCAGACCUGCUGGAUCGCUCGGUCAUUGGCUUGGCCUCCGUGUUUUUGGGUAAGAAGACCAGGGAUGAUCGGUUGGCACAUUAUGGCCUGGAAAUCUACAAUAGUGCUCUUCAUGCGAUGCUACAGAUCUUGCAGGUGAAUCGUCCGCCAACAGCUACUACUCUCUACUCUGCCAUUGUCUUCCAAGCUUACGAGACUAUGGAGAAUAGUGAGACGGUAUUGCGUAACUGUCUUGCCCACAUCCAGGGAGCUACAGCGAUGUUGAAGCAACACGACUUUACCCGGUGUGAUCAAACCCUCAUCGACGCGAUCCUAUGGAGACACAAGUGGGCGGCGGCAAUGUUCACCCUUAACACCCCAUACAGUAUGCAUGUGGACGUUGAAUGUCUUAAUCUUGGCCGAAAAGACAGCCCUGUCGAUGAGCUAUUCGAAGUGAUUGCCGAAGGCAUAGCUCUACGCAGAGAUCUGUGUAAACUCAUAGGACAAUCACAUCACGAUCGCGAACACGCAUGCCACGCACUACUGCAGCGGUGCUUCAACCUUGAGGCGCGUCUGCGGGUAGACUGGCUGCAUAUGUCCGCUCACAGGCUGGACGGCAAACCUAUCCCCUGUAGCAGGCAAAGCCUGGGACAGGAGCCCAGCAUGCUCCCCCUGGAUCCAGGUCUCGCACCAUACAACUUCGAAAGCCUCGAAGCAGCCAAAAUCUACCUCCUGUUCUGGGUAGCUUCACUGGUCAUCCGCCGCGUAAUCUAUCAAACCGAGACUCACCUGUUGCGAGACCCUGACCCGAGCCGCAUGGUGUUCUAUGCCAGAGAAAUUUGCCGCUCCGUAGCAUAUUGCAUGCAGCCUGAAAAUCGGAUGUUGGCCGUGCGAUCCGUACUUCUGGGACUUUCACAGGCGUCUAAAUGUUAUAUUGACUGCGGGGAUAAGGCUGAGUUCGAGUGGUGCCAGGCGGUCUACCCGUUUAUUGAUGCCAGUGGCUUUGGUAUCGCCAGACUUAUGAGCCAGAUGGAGUGGAAGUUUUGGAAUGCGGCUCAGAGCCAGCCAAGGGGAGCUCCUUUGUUAUUGCCUGAGGCGGUACGUGCUAGUUCGAUAUGA